AUGUCGCGGAUAUCGCGAUAUCUCCCUCUGGACGCGCUGGGCCAGGACAGCGUUGCGCUCUUCCGCGAAUCCUACUUCAAGCUCCAGCGGCCAGUGAUUCUACCUCGAGGCCUGUUUCGAGACUAUCGCGCGGCUUCACGGUGGUUUUCUCCGUUGUCAACGCCCUCGACGCCGUGUAGUGGCCUCAACUAUCCCUACCUCGAACCGUACGGUGACUGCUACGUGCCAUUGGAAUUGACUAUCCCUGAUGGCAAGAACGGAAACAUCUUUGAACGCGCACACAAGCCGUUGAGCCUGUUUCUUCAAUGGACACGAUCGGUGCAGUCAUUACCGCCGGCGGAUACGGACGAGUCUUGUCCCAUCCCACGGCUAUACCUAGCUCAAUGCCAGCUAAUUGAUCUGCCGAGCUCACUUCGGGAUGAUUUCCCAACUCCUUCGUAUGUUACACAGGCCGGGAAGGGCGAUAUCUACGAUACGAAUAUCUGGGUGGGGAUGGCACCGACAUAUACUCCUUUACACCGCGACCCAAAUCCAAACCUGUUCAUGCAGUUAGCUGGCUCUAAGCGUGUCAGGUUGCUAGCACCAGAUACUGGGCGUGGAGUAUUUGCAGAAGUUAGGGAAAAGCUGGCGUCAAGCCAGGCCGGACAUGGCCAUAGUUCUGCUAUUAGAGGCGAAGAAAUGAUGAAGGGCGCAGAGAAUCAACUUUUGGACCGGGCUGUUUGGGGAAGUUCUGAACAGUGCAAAGAGGAAUCUGUCCCUACGGUUGAGAGUAAUAGUCCCGGAAAUCAAUCAGAGAAUGGCUAUGAUGCCGUCCUCCACGCCGGAGAUGCCCUUUUCAUCCCAACGGGAUGGUGGCACAGUAUCAAAGGUGUUGGACAAGGCGUAACAGCUUCCGUUAACUGGUGGUUUCGAUGA